GACUAGCCGGCUUGCAGACAUGGCGGUCGGGUUCAGAGUAGGAUCCUUGUUCGCUCGGUCUUUCAGAAAUGCAGUUGGCGGGAUGACCACGACUCCCAGCAGAGGAAUAGCUUCGGUUAUAGAUCCUUCCAUUGGGCUGAGUGAAGAGCAGAAGGAGUUUCAGAAGGUGGCAUUCGACUUUGCCUCCAAAGAGAUGGCUCCAAACAUGGCGCUAUGGGAUGAAAAGGAAAUAUUUCCAGUGAAGACCAUGCGGAAGGCAGCAGAGCUCGGCUUUGGUGGGAUUUACAUUCGUCCUGACGUUGGAGGAUCAGGGCUUUCUCGUCUAGAUACUUCUAUUAUUUUUGAGGCACUGUCUACAGGCUGUGUCAGCACGACGGCGUAUAUGAGCAUCCACAAUAUGUGUGUUUGGAUGAUUGAUACGUUUGGGAACGAUGAGCAGAGACAUCGGUUUUGCCCCUCUCUCUGCACUAUGGAGAAGUUUGCGUCUUACUGUCUGACAGAACCAGGCAGUGGAAGUGACGCAGCUUCUUUGCUGACAUCUGCAAAACGAGAUGGCGAUCACUACAUCUUGAAUGGAUCUAAGGCAUUUAUCAGCGGUGGUGGUGACACGGAUGUGUAUGUAGUGAUGUGUAGAACAGGGGGCAGCGGAUCUCGGGGUAUAUCCUGCCUGGUGGUAGAAAAAGAGACACCAGGGCUCAGCUUUGGAAAGAAAGAGAAAAAGGUCGGGUGGAACUCGCAGCCAACAAGAGCGGUGAUAUUUGAGGACUGUGUCGUCCCUGUGACAAACCGUCUCGGGGAGGAAGGCCAAGGCUUCGGCAUUGCCAUGAGAGGACUGAAUGGAGGGAGGAUAAAUAUAGCAUCCUGUUCGCUUGGUGCAGCCCACGCCUCAGUAUUACUCUCUCGGGAUCACCUUGUAGUGCGGAAGCAGUUUGGGGAGCCCCUUGCUAAUAAUCAGUAUCUUCAAUUCCGACUGGCAGAGAUGGCGACACAGCUGGUUACUGCCCGGCUCAUUGUACGUCAUGCGGCUCGAGCUCUGCAGGAAGACCACAACGAUGCGGCAACGCUCUGCGCUAUGGCAAAAUUAUACGCUACGGACGAAUGUUUUAAGGUCUGUAACCAGGCUCUGCAGAUGCAUGGAGGUUAUGGCUACCUGAAAGACUAUGCUGUCCAGCAGUUUGUCCGGGAUAUCCGCGUUCAUCAGAUCCUCGAGGGAACCAACGAGGUGAUGCGGAUGAUCGUGGCCAGAAACAUUUUACAGGGAUGAACAAGUGGCUCCUCUCCCUUCUCAGUGACAUGACCCUCGCCGGUGGGAGGAUUACCUCAGGAGAACACCACACUCUGCAGCACGCUCAGGACUGAUCAGCAAUAUACCAACUGCACCUUGCCUGGGAGGGGGCCGUUUUUUUUCUAUUUUGGUGACUCUUUGGUGUCUGCGUUAUAUUUAUAUGUUGUGAAUGUGCCGGCCUAACCCCCUGUAGAAGGGACCCCAAAGCAAAGCUGGAAUCUGUGUAAAGCCGUAUGGCCAGCCUGCUGAUCUGUUAGACGCUGUAUGGACCCCUUUAUAAAGUUCUUAUCUGGUAUUAACCUCUUCCUGCCCUACGCAAAAUACAUAUAUGGCACAGUAGGACGUUAACACAAACCGUUAUACACUUACGGCUCAGGAAUGACGCGGGCUCAGGAGCAGCAGGAGUUAGCUGUAACAUACAACUGACAAAAGCUGGAUUAGAGAUAACUCUGGUACCGAUCAUUUAAUCCCUUACAUACCAUCGGUCUCCCCACAACACAACUAUGAGAUGUCCCUGGAUUUCCUGAAAAAGCCCCCAUGUCUGUCUUCUUUGUACCUCUAUUUAUGACCACAGAUGGAGCAACAGGAUCUAUAAAUUCAUUGUUUUGUAUGUUU